UAAACCAUCUCGUGAAAGUACUUCAAAAUCACAAUAAAAAUCAGAAAUUUUCGGUUCGUACUAUCACAACUCGAACUCACCAUGAAGGUAAUCGUUCUUGUUUUGGCCAUCGCCGCUUUGGCUGCUGCAGCCCCAAAACCAACCAAGUUGCACUACCGCAACUUGUACAAACCCCCCGUGGGCCCCAUCACACACCGCCCCAGCCUCAGAAUCACCGGCGGCCAGGAAGCCACCCCUCACUCCAUCCCCUACCAAGCCUUUCUCGAACUCUACGCCGGAAAUAUCGGUUGGUACUGCGGUGGUUCCCUCAUUUCGCAAAAUUACGUGUUGACUGCCGGUCACUGCGGAGUCAAUGCUACCGAAGUCAGUGUCAUCCUGGGGGCCCACACACCCUUCCAAGACGAAGACUCCCAAAUCAUAAUCACGAGCAAAGAAGUCACAGUUCACGAGAAAUACGACGGCGACCUUAUCAUCAACGAUAUUGCUGUUAUCAAACUUUCUGAACCUGCGAUUUUCACUAAUGCUAUCAAAGCGGUGGCUUUGCCAAGCAAAGCUGAUGCUAUCAAGACUUUCGAGGGUGAAACUGCGAGGAUCAGUGGUUGGGGUUAUACUACUGGUUUCGGGUAUAAUAAGCUUUCCGAUGUUCUGAAUUAUGUGGAUGUUAAAGUCAUCAACAAUACCAAAUGUGGAGAAACUUUUGGUGAUCUUGAAGAUUCGAUCGUGUGCACGUCCGGAGAUGAAAACUCUGGAUCUUGCAGUGGGGAUUCAGGUGGUCCUCUUGCUAUCAAUGAUAAGCAAAUUGGUGUUGUUUCUUUUGGAGUCAUCUUCUGCAUGCCUGGAUACCCCUCAGCUUUCACGAGAGUUACCAGCUUCUUGGACUGGAUCGCAGCUAACUCUGAUGUUGUUAUCAACUAAAUUAUUAAUUUUGGAUCUAUUUCUAUGAAAAUAAAGCUUUUUCCCAAAAGUC